AUGGCCCGCCUCUAUGAACGACCCCUGAUCACACUACAGCAGGGAUCCGAUAGCACCAAGCAACACUUCCUCACCCGCGAGUGGCCGGCCUCCGCAUCCGCAGUCUACACUCAACAGCACUACACGACACUCUCCCUCUUCACCCAUCACAGCUGCUGCAGCCAACAUCUCCACAACAGAGGACAUAAAGGACAGUUCUCCCACCACCACAAAGCAAGACUUUCUCCCUGCCCGGUGACUGCGGCUCCUGCAUCAACGCUCAGUGACACUCCCUCUUCCUCUAUCAAAGCAGCCAACAUCCCCAGCAGAGCUGUCUGGCUCUGUGCUACAGCAGUGGCCAUUUUGGUUCUGCUGAUGUCUUCUGGGUGUUUGGGUCUGGCCCCUGAUGGACAGGACUCAGACAGGACUCAGCCUGAGACAGGCUUACAGCCCAAUGGGGAGCUGGACUCGCUGGAAGAGGACAACCACCACCGGCAGAAGAGGAGCUGGGUCUGGAACCAGUUCUUUGUUCUGGAGGAGUACACCGGCAGCGAGCCGCUCUACGUUGGCAAGCUCCACUCGGACAUGGACAACGGCGAGGGGAAUGUGAAGUACGUCCUGACGGGAGAAGGAGCCUCCUCCAUCUUCACCAUCGACGAGAACACCGGGGACAUCCACGCCACCAAGCGCCUGGACCGAGAGGUGCAGGCGUACUACACGCUCAGAGCCCAGGCGGUGGACAGCGUGUCGCAUCGCCCUGUCGAACCCGAGUCCGAGUUUGUGGUGAAGGUGCAGGACAUCAACGAUAAUGAGCCCAGGUUCCCUAGCGGGCCCUACACCGCUGGCGUGUCAGAGAUGUCUCCCCUGGGUACGCAGGUGGUGCAGGUGACGGCGACGGAUGCGGACGACCCCACGUAUGGCAACAGCGCCAGGGUCAUCUACAGCAUCAUCCAGGGCCAACCCUACUUCUCCGUGGAGCCCAAAACAGGCAUUGUGAGGACAGCCCUGCCCAAUAUGGACCGCGAGACGAAGGACCAGUACCUGAUCGUGAUCCAGGCGAAGGAUAUGGUUGGUCAGAUGGGCGGCCUAUCGGGAACCACCUCCGUCACGGUGCUGCUGGAGGAUGUCAAUGAUAACCCCCCGCGCUUCUCUCGCAAGUUUUACGAGUACACGGUGUCGGAGUCUCUGCCCGUAGCCUCGGUGGUGGCCAAGCUGAAGGCGAUGGAUGAUGAUGAGGGCUCCAAUGCGGAGAUGGACUACCGCAUCGUGGACGUGGACGGGGGCGGCCCCGCUGUCUUCAACAUCACCACAGACGAGGACACACAGGAGGGCGUCAUCAUCCUGCAAAAGCCUCUGGACUACGAGAGCAAGAGGAACUACACUCUGAAGGUGGAGGCCACCAAUCGCUACAUCGACCCCCAGUUCCUCACCUACGGGCCCUUCAGUGACACCACCAUAGUGAGGCUGAAUGUGGAGGACAUCAACGAGCCGCCCAUCUUCUCCACGCCCCUCAGCAAGAUGGUGGUCUCGGAGGCCGCCAAGGUGGGGACGGUCAUCGGGAGCGUGUCGGCUCACGACCCGGACCUCAACAAGAGCUCCAUCAGGUACUCGAUAGACCGGAACACUGACCUGGAGCGCUUCUUCAACGUGGACGCAAACACAGGAGUCAUCAGCACGGCCAAGCUGUUAGACAGAGAGGUCAACUCCGUACACAACAUCACUGUCCUCGCCAUGGAGAGCCAGGAUCCAUCUCAAGUGGGGAGGGGAGUUGCGGUGAUCACGGUGAUGGACAUCAAUGACAAUGCCCCCACUUUCGCCAUCGAGUACGAGACGCUCUUGUGCGAGAAUUCGGCACCAGGCCAGGUCAUCCAGACGGUCAGUGCGGUGGACAAGGACGAGCCCCCCGGUGGCCACCGCUUCCUCUUCUCAUUGGCUGUUGCCCCGGGCAACUUCAACUUCACCCUGCGCGACAACAAAGACAACACGGCGUCGGUUCUGACCAAGCGCGGCGGUUUCCGGCGGCGGGAGCAGUCCCUCUACCGCCUCCCGGUGUUGAUCGUGGACAGCGGCUCGCCGGCGCUGAGCGGCACCAACACGCUGCUGGUGCAGGUGUGCGACUGCGAUGCGGACGGCGUGCCACAGGCCUGUGGAGCCGUGGCCUACUCGCUACCCGCCGGCCUCAGCACCGGGGCCCUGCUCGCCAUACUGGGCUGCAUACUCACCUUACUGGUGUUGGUGCUUCUGAUCGUGACGAUGAGGAGGAGGAGGAAGGUCCCCCUGAUCCUGGAGGACGAGCGCGACAUCCGCGAGAACAUCGUUCGCUAUGACGACGAGGGCGGCGGGGAGGAGGACACGGAAGCCUUCGACAUGGUGGCCCUGCGCAACCUCAACAUCAUGCACGAGGCCACGACGCACAGCGCCAACAAGACGCGACGCGACGUCACUCCCGACACGCCCACCUUCUUCCCCUACCCCUCCUCCUCCUCGCAUCGCCACCACCCCCACCCCCACCCCCACCCGGCGGGAGGCCCCCCGGCGCGGCUGCCCCCCUACAAGACCCUCCCGGACAACGUGCUGUUCCGCGAGUUCAUCUGGGACCGGCUGAAGGAGGCGGACGUGGACCCGGGCGCGCCGCCGUACGACUCGCUGCAGACGUACGCCUUCGAGGGCAGCGGGUCCGUGGCCGAGUCGCUCAGCUCGCUGGAGUCGCUCAGCAGCGGAGCCGAACAGAACUCGGAACAGAGCUACGACUACCUGAGCAACUGGGGCCCGCGCUUCAAGAAGCUGGCCGACCUCUACGGAAACAUGGAGGCCAACGGCUUCUUCUCGUAG